GAAACACUUCCGCGGCCUCUCGUCACUUCCUGUUGAAUCUCUGAUAAAGACGAGCCUGGCGGUAACUCCGCGGGUCAAUUUUUUGGGUUUGUUCGGUGAAUCCGGCGUGAAUCGGAGCCAUCAGAACCGCAAACAUGACGGUGGGUAAGAGCAGCAAGAUGCUGCAGCACAUUGACUUCAGGAUGAGGUGCAUCCUCCAGGACGGGCGGAUCUUCAUUGGCACCUUUAAGGCCUUCGACAAACACAUGAACCUGAUCCUGUGCGACUGCGACGAGUUCAGGAAGAUCAAGCCAAAGAACUCAAAGCAGCCAGAGCGUGAAGAGAAAAGGGUUCUGGGUCUGGUUCUCCUGAGGGGGGAGAACCUGGUCUCCAUGACAGUUGAGGGCCCGCCUCCUAAGGAUACUGGCAUAGCUCGCGUCCCCUUGGCCGGCGUGGCCGGGGGUCCAGGUGUGGGUCGGGCAGCAGGUCGCGGCGUCCCCGCAGGAGCUCCGAUGCCUCAGGCUCCGGCCGGACUCGCCGGCCCUGUCAGAGGUGUGGGCGGUCCUUCGCAGCAGGUGAUGACCCCACAGGGCAGAGGGACCGUUGCCGCUGCAGCAGCAGGAGCCAGUAUCGCCGGUGCUCCCACACAAUACCAACCUGGACGAGGAGCCCUACCCCCCAUGGGCAGAGGAGCCCCACCUCCUGGUAUGAUGGGCCCACCUCCCGGCAUGAGGCCCCCAAUGGGUCCUCCGAUGGGAAUGCCUCCAGGUCGAGGAGCUCCGAUGGGGAUGCCCCCUCCAGGCAUGAGGCCGCCACCCCCUGGCAUGAGAGGCCCGCCUCCUCCCGGCAUGAGACCGCCCCCCCGGCCCUGAGGAAGUUCUGUCUCCCCGAACUCACUUCUUGUAUAGAUCUUUUUUUUUUUUUUAAUCCGUUUUGUGUUUUUUAAUAAAGUUUCUUCAGGAUGGUUUGGUUUCAGCUUGGCUGUUUGUUCAGUUUCUAUGGUAACCAGUUCAUGUCUCGAGCGACUGCCAAUUUGAGUUUGGAGAAUCUUUUAAUCUCUAACAUGUUUCAGGGUUAAGAGUUUUAAUUGUUGUUUUUAGACUAAAAAAAUCUGCCUUUUUAUGUAUAAAGAACUUCAAUAUUCAAUCCAUUUCUUUGAUUGAACUUUGAGUCACAAUGAAAACUGUUGCAAACUUUCACUUCCUGAAAUGCAGUUACCCAAGGCAAUACAAACAAAUGUAUCUGAUGUCUUGUGAAUUAAAUUGUUGGGUAAAUUUCACUAA